GCUGCUGUGCGAUAAAUACCCAUAAAUAAAUGGUUUUGCUGAAACAGCUGCUGACUGACCACGUGCUUUACGGGAACCAGAAAGCCACCAGGACAGUUCUGCUGCAGCCCAGCCCUCCUGGGCCGCCGUGGCACCGAGGGCUGGGCUGAGGAGCCUCUCGCCAGCCUCUCCGCUACUUGGUGAGGAGGCCUGGAGUGAAUAGAGACCUGCAGGAGCUGCAGAACACCCACAGACUGCUGCCCGUGCAGGGCCCGGCACCACAGGUGUUGGAGCACCUUCCCUCCCCGUUCCUCCUGUGGGACCCUUUCCCUGCGGGCGGGCAGCGCUGGGGACACCGGGCCACCGCGGGCUCUGCAAGUACAGAACAGGCUGUCCCUGCUGCCACCCAUCUCUGAACUCCUGGAAUGGAGGAUGGGCAAGGAAGGAUGUCAUGACUCGGGGGAGGACACCCCACUAAACAGAAAACCUUCUGCUGGGUUGGGCAGUUAGUCAAACUGCUUUUUGGAAAUUUUGGGUUUUGUUCAUUAACGGCAGGAUUUCCUCCACCAGAGACAAUGGAUUACAAAACGUUACCUGUGAGUGAAUGGGUUGAGAACCACGUCAAAUGCUGGCUGGAAUCUACUGGAAUCAAGAAGGAGUAUGUAGAUAAACUAUAUGCAGAAGAAGUGACAGGUCCAGCCUUAAUGGAACUGGAUGAGUCCUUCCUCAAAGACAUAGGAAUGAAGAAAGGCCAAAUCCAGAUCUUAAUCCACAAGAGAAAUGAACUUCUGCGGCUCCAGGACAAUGCACAGCAAGCUGAGGACUCCAGCAGCAAAACACCUGAGAGAAAAGAUGCACCACCAGGCCCAGCCAGAGGCAGCAAUGCCCCUGCUCAGGGCACGGCGAGUGGAGGCAGCUCUAGUGCUGUGAGUACAACCAGCAGCGAGAGCACAGCUCCUACUUCCGGCAAGAAGCAAAAAAGGAGCAAGAAAUCCCAGCUUCAAAGUGCUGACGAAGUUUUAGAGCUCAGAAAUUGUCGGCCAUUUAGAAGUCAGGAUACCAAUUUCAAAUAUGUGAAAGACACAGUCCUUGUUCCAGAAUCAGGAGUCAGCGAUUUAAUCAUUCCUUGCCACGAAUACAAAUCUUGUGACACUGCUGCAGAACUGAACAAACAUCAACUGCAAUCAAAGUUUGCCUCCGAAGUGAUACGAUUUGCUUCGGCCUGCAUGAACAUUCGAACAAAUGGCACCAUCCAUUUUGGUGUCAUGGACAGUGUUGAGGACAAGGGCUGGAAACACGGACAGGUCGUUGGCAUAAAGAUCAAAAACCGAGAAGACUUUGUUGAUGCACUGGAUUAUAUAGAAAAGUGCUUUUGCAAUAAUUUACAAGAAAUUGCAAGGAAAUGUAUUCACCCGCCUGUGUUUGUUGAAGUGAUUUCAAAAGAUUCUCAGGAACAAAGAUUUGUAGUGGAGGUUGACAUUGAACCAACAUUCAGCUUGGUAAAGAACAACUGUUUUGAAGUUUAUUUGCCAAAAUACAAUGAAAGCAAUCAGAAGGUGACCCUGACCAAAGACCGCGCUCUCUACCAGCGUCUGGGAGCAAAGUCCGAACCUGUGCAGCACAACAAUCUCACUGCUUUCAUUCAAGCCAUACCAGACAGGGAUGCUCAAAGACAAAGAGCUGAGCUCUCCAGCACACAAGUACCUACAGAAAUACCUCAAGAUUUAGGAAGAAAGUUAUCAAUUCUAUUAAAUGAUGGCAAAAGCUACAUGGAUGAUUCCCUGCGGUACAUCCUUGUCACAAACAGAUGUGAACAGGAUAAUCUGAAGUACAUCAACUUUUUAAUGCACUUGAACAUUUUCUGUGUCUUUGACUUUGAUGAACAUUCUAAUGUGUCAGGGCUGUACAGCAAAUACAAAGAGCACCAUGAAACAAGUUCUUAUUUUUUACAGGAUUUUUCCAAAGAAAUUAAGACUGAUAAUUCUCCCUCUCAGAAACUCUUUGAUCAGACCAGCUGGAUAUUCUGCAAUGGGCGCAGUGACUUCCUUGGGGAUGAAAAACCUUGUGAUGAAAAUACAUGGAUUAGAACCAAAAAAAAAUACCUGAAGAAAGUAAUUACUUGUAUUUGUGAGGAAAUUCUGCCAGAGCGCUCUUUCAUUGUGCUUUUUCUUUUGCUGUCACCAGUGCAGAAACCACUUGUGGACACUUUUCAGGAAUUCUAUACAGAGAUGAACGGCAUGGAGUACAUCAUCUGCAUUGCAGAGUCCAAAGAAAAUUACAGAAAGUGGGCUAAUCUAGCUCAGGAAUCCUGCAGCAUUGAGACCCUAGAACAAUGCAGUAUUGUGGGUAUGAAGCUCAGUCACGUAGAUGCCACCAUCCAAUCAAUGCUGCCUUCUACAGCCCAACCCAGACACCUGCCAGCUUCCACUGGAGGCGUGUGUACACUUCCCUUGCGGGAAGAAGAGAAACUGUAUUCCCUAGAAAUCCUUUGUGCUGACCAAUGCGAUGAUAUCAAACUAAAUCUUUGGACUGAAAAACAAAAACAAGACAUAGAACAAAAUUUUUACCGCGGGAGAAAAAUCAUGUGGGAAAACUUGUGGCUUGCUGAUAAUAAACUCUGUGGGGAUAUCAUUGAACGUGAAGCAUGCGCGGAGGCAAGCAAACUCUUGGAUGGCAUUUUACGAGGAAGUGGACACAAUUAUUCUGUGGCUAAACUAAAGAUAUUUCACCAUCCUGGGAGUGGUGGAAGCACAAUAGCACGGCAAGUUCUAUGGAAAAGCAGAAAGCGUUUUAGAUGUGCUGUUAUCAAGACCUCAUAUUCACCCUCAACUGUUUGUAAUCAUGUGCUCGCCCUCAGAGAUUAUGAAGAAAAGGAAAUCCCUCACUGCUUUCCUGUGCUGCUCCUGAUCGAAGAUUACGAUGACGAGUACUUUGAAGAACUACAGAUUGAGUUAAUGGAGGCUGUAGCAACCAGGAAAAUGAAAACCGCCAGGCCUUACUUCAUCCUCAUAUGCUGCAGACGAUGCAAUGACCCUGAAAGGCUUUGCAAAGCUUCGCCACUGGACACAGUUGCUGUCACUCACAAACUGACAGAGUCAGAGAAAAAUCUGUUUAACACCAAACUUGGAAAACUGCAGCAGAAAUAUGAUGAGCCAGAAUUCAUACUUACGUUUGUGCUGAUGUGUGAGGAGUUCAAUAAAACAUACGUGUCAGACAUGGUAGAGCACAUACUGCAAGGCAUCGACCCUUCCUCCCGUGACACCUGCUUGAUGCGUUACAUUGCUCUGCUCAACUGCUAUGUACCAAAUUCAUACAUCUCACUGUCACACUGUGAGGCUUUUCUGGGGCUGGGUGCAUAUACAGAGAGUAAAGCAAGAGCAUACGAUUUCAAACAUCACUUGAGUGAACAAGUAAGAAUGAUUUUUAUUGAGCUAAGGGAAAGCACCACUUAUAUUUCAUCUAUUCGGAUAAUACACUGCCUGGUUGCAAAAGAAAUUCUGCAUCAACUUUCAGGGAAUCAAUCACUAAGUCAACUUGCAACAACUCUUCUUCAGGAAAAGGUGCUCUUUGAAAACAGAUUUGGACGAGAAGAAUUCAUAAAGUUUAUCAGACAUCUGUUUAUUCGACGUGAUAAAAGAAGCAGGGGUGACAAUACUGAUACUCUCUUCUCCCCAUUCAUUGAACAUGUCUGUGAAGCUGAAGACUGUGAAAAAGCCAUUGGUGUUUUAAAAGCUGCAUAUGAACUCCUUGGAAAAGAUCCUUUUUUUGCCCAGCAGCUUGCCAGACUAAAUUACAGCAAUGAAAAAUUUGAAGAUGCUGAAUACUGGGCAAAGGUUGCAAAAUCUCAUUUGCCAACUGAUUCUUUUAUUUUGGAUACAGAAGGUCAAGUCUACAGGAGAUGGUUUAGUUUCACUGUGGAUAAAAUGACAGAGGAGGAUACCCCUGAAAGGAUCAUCGAGAAGAUAUUGCUUGCUCUUAAAGCUAUGAAAUGCUUCAGGGCUGCACAACAGGCAGCAAAGGAAGAACGUGAAAGUAUGAACAACGCUGGCUAUUUUGGAGAAGUAGAAGUAGGUUGCCGCCUUCUUCGAUUUUUGUCCACGCUGCCUGUAUUCCACAGAAGUCCAGAGGGGGAACAUACUGAGCUUGUGAAAUAUCUCACCACAGAUUACAUUCCAGAAGACAUAAAAAGAACAUGGGGAAGGCUUCAUUCCCGCUUGAAAGGCUUGCGCCAGAACCUGUACAAUGCUCUGGAAUGGAUUUCAGAGGAACUAAGUUAUUUCCAAACAGAUAAAAACCAAGAGAAGGAUGAUGAAAAUGAUGAUAAGGAAGAACAAAUUUAUAAUCCCAGAAAAUGGCUAAGAAAGCAGUCAGCUGUAUAUGCUAAAUUCUUCAUCUCACCAUCACUUACAGAUGAUAGCAACAAUGGUCCUGACACUCAGCUCAUGAGACGCCUGAGUAUUUACGGGAGUGGUGGAGGAAAUGUCACCAAUAUCCUGUCAUUCUUAACAGAUAAGAAAGAGAACAGGUCAGCUGAAAAGCUAGAAAAGAUCCUUAGUUUCUAUCCAGAAAACCCACCAAGGAACAGCUUGGAGGACAACGAUUUGAUCAAUUUUAUUUUGUGUCACAUCACAUUAGCCUGCUUAGCACCAGGAUCAGCCAAGCUCCUUCCACUACCAACUCUUCGUGAGCUCAGUCUAAGAUUCUUCAAAGGAAAAAGACAAUUUCCAGCAAGUGCCUAUUUUUUGCUCACCUUGCUGUACUGGCCAGAUGAGGCAUUAGACAAAGAGCCUAAUCCUGACAAAGAUGAAAUUUUAACUUCGGCCCUUCAAACCCUGAAACGCUUAUAUGACAUCAAAAUGAAAGAUGUUCCUACCAGAAAGAAAAGAAUCUACACCCAUUUUUUUCUGGGAAAGGGUUAUGGCUUAAGUAAGAUAGUGCACAAAAAUAAAAUUGACAAAUUGAUGGUGGGAUCCUUAGAUGAGAGAAGAAUGAAGUGGCUGCAUGGAACUGUAUGGAGCAUUUCCAAAAUUCGUGACAAUCUCAAAAGAGUUUCUGGCUGGACCAAGGACAGAAAUUUAUUUAUACAAGGUCACGUGAAAGAACUCCGUAUCUUGCCACUCCAUCAUGAAUCAGUGCCUGCUGGAAAUGAAAAUGUGACCUUUUAUUUAGGCUUUUCAUUUAAUGGUCUUGUUGCUUUCAAUAUUGAGGUUGAAAAUGAUCCAGCCAUCAAAAGAACCUAACAUAUGCAGUACAGUGCUGUAUGCACUGUGCUCUUAGAGGGUACAGCACUGGAAGGGUCCAGCCUCACAUUUAAAACUAAAAGUGGACUGUUCCUGGGUAACUACCAGGCAACACAAGAAUUAACAGCUAUAAUAGUGACCAAAUAACUAAAAAAAAUUGAAACCAUGAGUAGAGUGAACUUUAAGCCAAGCCUUUGAUGAUUCUGGAGUUAGAGAAAGCAAGAUUUCAAACCAAAGACAGCAAUUGAUCCCUUUCUUCUUAUUCCACAGAUUAGGAUUGUAAAUUAAUUUCUGCAUAGGCUUGGUCAGUCAGUAAAAGAAUUUAUCCAGUGUAACUACACGUUUCUUCCUGAAUCAGCAACAGAAAAAUGAACUCAGACCACAUACACUGCUGACAUGUGCCAUGCAUGAAAUAACUACUGACUGCAAAGCCAGUGUCAGUAUGGAAGCAACUUUAAAGCUGACUUCAAUCAGACUGAUAAAAAAACAGGUCUCAAAUUCUGCAUAAUCCUACAUUGUUUCUCUGUGUAAAUAUUACCUUACUAGACAUAUCUAUAUCUGGGGUGGGGUGGAGAGGUAUGUGAGCAGUCAUGGGUGACAUAAAGUUUAGUUGUAAGCACUGUUACGUUUUCAUAGUCCAAACAAUUCCUGCACUUGGUGAAAUUAUUUUGUAUUAUCAUCCAAGGAAUGCCACAGAAUACAGACCUGAGAUUUGUCUAGAGCAUACAUCCAUGAUUUGAAAAAUGCAGAGGUUUUCAGUGCUGCGUUUACAACCAUGAUGGCGCAUUCAGCUUCUAAGAACAAAAACGUGUGUUGCUGGGAGUUUCACAUUGUUUGAUGUAACAUAUUGUGACUAAAAUUGCCAAAAACCACUGUCAUGUAACUUCUUUUAAUCGAAUAAAUAUCUUUUAUGAAGGAC